AAUAUUUGAUUGUUUACAUACAUUACAUGGUGAACGAGGUAAUUGUCCUAUACCACAAUCAAAUGGCUAACUUUUGGCAAAUCUAACCCAAUACAAUCAUCGACUGUUGUGAGGUUCACUAGUUUGCAACAAUUGGAUUUAUUUAGGAAAAUCAAAGUAAUUGAACGCUGUUGUCAUUUGUCACAUCAUUUUAGAGAUCGUUCAGCUGACUGAUGUAGUCGAUUGACCACGAGUUGUAAAGUCCAAGCCCAAAGUAUCAAAAAUAUCAGUUAGACGAAGAGUGAAAAGAAGUUCAUCGUCAGUAUAAUUUGAUAAGAUCUUCAAUCUUGCUCAGUUUCCAGUGCACAGUAUUAGUUAAUUACAUUUAUAAGUAGUCAAAGUCCGCUCAUCAUUUUUUUAACAAAAUUAUACUGCAACAUAAGACGGCUAUAUAGGAGCAAUACUUAGAAAGAAAGAAGUGAAUAUCUAAAGGAGUGAGUGACACUGCACAUUGGUAGCAACACGCUUUAAAACAGAUAUAAAAUUAGUACAUUGGCGAAGUGCGGCACGCCAGCCAUAAGCCAUCAUAAUUAGAACUAGGCAGUAUUUGAGUUGUGAGCAUAUAUAUAAUUCACAUAGCGAAGCGUAUAGACGUGAGAUUUUUUAACUCGACCCAACUUGUACUUAAGUCAACUGGACGGUCUUGCUUGGAUUUAGUAAACAGUUAACUCCUCGCCGGGUAGCUUGGUUUAACUGAACUGGGAUUUUCCAAAAAUCAUUUUUGAAAGUUGAGAAUAAGGAUAAAACAGGGUUUAUGCAAAUUCAUACAUACUUGAAAUCAAGUCAAAAUAGGCAACGAAGCUAUAAAUACAGACAAAGCAAAGUCAUUUCAACAGAGUGAAUAAUAGCUAUAAAACUACUACGUAUUGUGAAUCGAAAGUUUUGUGAGUAUCUACCAAAAACAAAGAAACUAUCACAAGUAUUUUGUUCGUAUUCGUGUAAAAACAUCUUGAAAAACGAAAAGAAGCACUAUGCCAUCCGUUGCACAAAUUGACGAGAGUCUCCCCGUUCUCACGGGAUUCGGAAUCCCUCUGAAGAAAUCCAAUGAGAAUGACCGGUUCCAAAACGGUUUUGUGAAGAACAACAGGCGUCAUUUAAAUGGUAUAUCAGUCGACAAUAUUAAAAACUCAGAAAAGAACGGAAACCACAUUGAGAAUGGAUACACCAAUGGAUAUCAUAAUGGACAUCUGAAUGGAGGAGAAGAGAUUUUAAAUGGAGAAAACCCAGUGCGAAGCAAGAAAUUAACAAACGGAGUUCGCCUGUCGGGUGAUAUUUCUGAUAAAAAAUCGUUUCACACCACCGAUACCACUAAUGUCUCGGAAGUUACUCCUACCACUGUUGACCCAAGUCUGGAAUGGAAAUAUGACGGAAAAGUUCAUGACAAAGGACCAGACCAAGUUCUCCCAUCAGAGGCAUUAUACACAUGGCAUCCCGAUGGUGCAACACGAAUUAGCAAACUUGGAAUUGGUGAAAUGUCCGAAAGAAAACCAAUGUCAGUCCCACAUCUUCUUAUGAGGGCGUGCGCACGAGCCCCCCAACGAGCUGCGAUGGCGGUGAAGCGCAAUGGGGAUUGGCAAAAAUGGACAUACACAGAUUACCUGAAUGACGUUCGGACAGCAGCUAAAGGGUUCAUUGCGCUGGGCUUGGAAAGAUACCACGCAGUUUGCAUUCUUGGAUUUAAUACGCCUGAAUGGUUCCUUUCAGAUUUGGGUGCAAUUUUUGCUGGUGGGUUCGCUGCUGGAAUUUACACAACGAAUUCUCCAGAGUCUUGUGCUUAUGUUGGAAAUGACAGCAGAGCCAACAUUUUCGUUGUUGAAGAUGACAAGCAGCUUGCCAAGGUUUUGGAAAUCCGAGACCAACUCCCCCACCUUAAAGCAAUAAUUCAGUACACUGGUGAACCGACUGUCCCGGGAGUUUAUAGUUGGUCAAAAUUGAUGAUGUUGGGUUCCCAGCAAUCAGAUGAUGAAUUAGAAGCCCGAUUAAAAACUGUCGCUAUUAACCAAUGUUGCACACUUAUUUAUACUUCUGGAACGACCGGAAAUCCGAAGGGGGUCAUGCUGUCGCAUGAUAACAUGACUUGGACUGCUCAUGUUAAUUCCCAGUUGUGUGGAUUUAGAGAUUUUGUAGAAGAAUAUAUUAGCUUCCUGCCUCUGAGCCACGUUGCUGCACAAAUGGCCGAUAUCUACUGUCCACUAACCUGCUCUGCAACCGUAUACUUUGCUGACAAAAAUGCUUUGAAGGGAACGUUGAUUGACACCAUGAAAGAAAUUAAGCCAACCAAGUUUUUAGCUGUCCCUCGAGUGUGGGAAAAAAUGUACGAAAAGAUGAUGGAUAUCGGUCGCCAGACAACAGGGGUUAAAAAAAUGAUCGCCACUUGGGCUAAAGCGAAAGGCUUGGAUUACAAUAUGAAGAGGAUGAAUGGCGUUGAAGACCCAGAAACAUUUGGUUUCAAAAUGGCCAACAAGAUUAUUCUAACCAAAAUUCGAGACGCUCUGGGACUUACUCGAUGCGAUUUGCAUCUAUCUGGAGCUGCUCCAAUCAACCCUGAAAUUUUGAAAUAUUUUUACUCUUUAAACAUUGUUGUCACUGAAGUUUAUGGAAUGAGUGAAUGCAGCGGACCCCAUGCAAUGGCAGUUGAGCGACAGGACGUGACCAUGUUUAGACUUGGCAGCUGUGGCAAGACCAUUUUGGGGGCAUCCACAAGACUAUCUAAUCCAGAUGCUGAUGGAAACGGCGAAGUUUGCAUUGGUGGACGCCAUGUACUCAUGGGUUACCUUGAUCAACCAGAAAAAACAAUAGGUGCAAUUGAUGAUGGUGGUUGGCUUCACUCAGAAGAUAUCGGGAAAGUUGAUAGCGACGGCUUCCUGUACAUUACCGGAAGAUUAAAGGAAUUAUUGAUCACUGCUGGUGGUGAAAAUGUUGCUCCCGUACCUAUUGAAGAUAAUGUGAAGACAGCCCUUCCUAUUGUUAGUCAAGCAGUCCUCCUUGGGGAUCGCCUCAAGUUCCUCUCUAUUCUUCUCACUCUUAAGACUGAUGUUGAUAAAGAAACCCAAGAACCUUUGGACAAAUUGUUACCAGUGACAAAAGAUUGGUUAAAGAAAAAUGCCGACUGUAAUUGUGAAACUGUUCAAGAUGUUAUGCAAGAGCUCUAUGAGAAGAAUAACCAGCAGUUGGUGCAAGCAAUUCAAGCAGGAAUUGACGCAGCCAACAAGAAAGCCCCAUCCCAAGCUCAGAAAAUCCAAAAAUGGACAAUUCUCCCCAGAGACUUUUCUACGUUUGGAGGAGAACUAGGACCCACAUUGAAGCUGAAACGCCAAACAGUUUACGACAAAUAUUCAGACACCAUCUCCAGCUUGUACAAUUAAGUAUAUGUUAAGAUCAAUUGUACAAUUUAGUGAUAGUUAACACAGACUUGCAGAAUAUGUAGCAGGUAGUAUGUUGACAGUCCUAGUAGCUCUACGUCAUUUUCUCCAGUCUUGUUGUUAUAUACCGUCUACGUAUUGUUGUUUUGUGUACUUAUUGUACGUGUGUCGUACCAUUGCAUUGGGUAAAGAGUGCCGAAUGCGAAUUACAAAGCUAAUAUUGCAACCUAAUUAAAUAAAUUAUACUAAAUAGAUCUGAGUUUAUAAUUAAGGUAUUGGAAGGAAUUUAGGCUAAACUAAAAUACGGCGCAAACGGUAGAUGUUAAAAUAACCUAAUAAGUUUACGAUAUUUGUUAUUAUUUAGAUAGUUGUUCAAGAUCACCUUCAGAUAUUAAUAUAUAAUAUACUUAGUCAAUUUUGUGGCUUUACAUGAUCUUGUAUCAAAGAAAUACAGAAAAAUAAAUGACUUGCCAUAUUUAA